UGCUCGCUCUAGGACCCGGUGACUCUUCUUACGUCUUUUGGCUACUUGAUGCUCUCGUCUGUGUGGACUUCAUACAAGCCCACAGAUGACCAGCACAGUAUACAGGUGGUGUCUCUAGAUACGCCGGAUCGUGUCCAAAUAAAUAAUCACAAAGGAAAACAUAUCACAAGUAUCUGUACUGCGAACGUGCUCAUCCAUGUGUUUGCGCACCGCCUGCGGGAACAUCACGCAUGAGACAACGCUGGAAGGGCGGGAACUUUAUUAGGCUACUUUAUCUCAAAGAAGCUUAACUUUAACAGAGAGUGACUUCUUUGUCAGGAUUAGCUCAACAAUGAACCAUCAUGGAUUUCUAAUCUACCUUUCUGUUAUGGCUUUUUGGCGAACACGUUCUGGUGUAGAGGUGUCAGGCUCAGAUGCCUUUAAAAACAACAUUACGCUCUUCACUCGGAUUUUGGACCGACUGCUUGAUGGCUAUGACAACAGGUUGAGACCUGGUCUCGGAGACCGAGUAACAGAAGUGAAGACUGAUAUCUACGUUACCAGUUUUGGGCCAGUAUCGGAUACAGACAUGGAAUACACAGUGGAUGUGUUUUUUCGCCAGCGCUGGACCGAUGAGCGGCUAAAGUUUCACGGGCCAAUGAACAUCCUGCGUCUCAACAAUCUGAUGGCCAGUAAAAUCUGGACCCCAGACACUUUUUUUCACAACGGCAAGAAGUCUGUGGCUCACAACAUGACUAUGCCCAACAAACUUUUACGGAUUAUGGAGAAUGGAACUCUGCUUUACACUAUGAGGUUGACAGUUCAAGCUGAAUGUCCAAUGCAUCUUGAAGACUUUCCAAUGGAUUUUCACUCCUGUCCACUUAAAUUUGGCAGCUAUGCUUAUACUCUGUCAGAGGUGACAUACGUUUGGACACGAAAUGCCACCUUAUCUGUUGAAGUAGCUCCGGAUGGAUCUAGACUCAACCAGUAUGACCUAAUGGGACAGACGGUUGGUAAAGAAACCAUCAAGUCCAGCACUGGUGAAUAUACAGUGAUGACGGCCCAUUUCCAUUUAAAGAGGAAGAUCGGAUACUUCGUCAUCCAGACAUAUCUGCCCUGCAUUAUGACAGUCAUCCUAUCCCAGGUCUCUUUCUGGCUCAACCGAGAAUCCGUCCCAGCACGCACAGUGUUUGGUGUGACAACAGUGCUAACCAUGACCACUCUGAGCAUCAGUGCUCGCAACUCUUUGCCAAAGGUGGCUUACGCCACGGCCAUGGACUGGUUCAUUGCUGUGUGCUACGCUUUUGUUUUCUCUGCUCUCAUCGAGUUCGCCACUGUAAACUACUUCACCAAGCGCGGCUGGGCCUGGGAUGGCAAGAGCGUUGUCAGUGAUAAGAAAAACGAGACAUCGGUGGUGAAAAAGAAUAACGCUUAUGCAGUUGCUGUGGCAAACUACGCGCCUCACAUUGCUAAGGACUCGGCACUCCCCACCGUCUCUAAGAGCGUCACAACGGAGGCCAAUAAAGCUCAACCGGUGGCUAAAGAGGCAAAAAAGACCUUUAAUAGCGUCAGCAAGAUUGACCGUAUGUCACGCAUCAUCUUCCCGGUGCUUUUUGGCAGCUUUAACUUGGUUUAUUGGGCCACGUAUCUGAACAGAGAACCUGUUAUUAAGAACAUGGUCUCGUCGCAAUGACUCAUGAGCUACCUAAAGUGCAUACAAAAUAGUAUGAAAAUAACAGCCGUAUUUAUUGACAAAAACACAUGGUCUGUUUAAAGAAAAAAAAACCUUUUGUACAAAUUUUUCCAGUGUGUACUUUAAAAGAUGUAUCACAUUAGUUUAAGUCCUUUUUUUAAACCUGACCUGAGACCUAUAUACAUUUAGCUCACAGGUACGAUGUGUCUUGUCAUGAUAAAAAUGCUUUUUUGUUGUGUUAAAUGAAUUGUGUACAACAUAUGAAGAGUUCAGAUGCUAAAACUUCUAAGUGCAUCUGACAUGAUGUUUUCUUGAAAAUUAGCUUUUUUUAAUCAGGCUUAUGUUUAGGUUAAAUAAUUUCACUUUUUGGAAGGGUUAUGAGUCAGUAAUUGAAAUGCCAUAUUUUUACAAAUGUAACUUUAGUCAUUUCAUUGGUAUUUAACAAAUUUGACUGUCUUUCGCUGCAAAAUCCUCUAAGUGCAUGCAAGCUUUCUUUGCAAAACCUCCACUUCUUUAGACAAGACAAAGUAAACAGCUGCAAAAUCUAGAAACAUUGCAAAAGAUGAGACUCAAAAUGUGCUGUAAUCAAUGUCACUGCCACAUUCGAUUUGAACGCCGUCAUUCAUCCAAUUCUUCUUUUGGGCACUUAGAGGACUUUGUUGAAAAAUCGAUGUAGUGAAUUCUGCCAACAAGAUUUUUGCGGUAUUUCUAAAUGGCCUGAAGCCGGGAUUAAGCAGAUUUGAAGUGAAGGAAUUUGAUGAAUGUAUAAGAGGUACUUAUCCCAUUUGGUUUAUAUAAACUAACCUAAAGGAUUAUUAGGAACAUAAUAUUAAUACUGUGUUUGACCCCCUUUCGCCUUCAGAACAGCCUUAAUUCUACAUGGCAUUGAUUGAACAAGGUGCUGAAAGCAUUCUUUAGAAAUGUUGGUCCAUGUUGAUAGGAUAGCAUCUUGCAGUUGAUGGAGAUUUGCGGGAUGCACAAAGCUCCCGUUCCACCACAUCCCAAAGGUGCUUUAUUGGGUUGAGAUCUGGUGACUGUGGGGGCCAUUUUAGUACAGUGAACUCAUUGUCAUGUUCAAGAAACCAAUUUGAAAUGAUUUGAGCUUUGUGACAUGGUGCAUUAUCCUGCUGGAAUUAGCCAUUAGAGGAUGGGUACAUGGUGGUCUUAAAAGGAUGUACAUGGUCAGAAACAAUGCUCAGGUAGGCUGUGGCAUUUAAACAAUGCACAAUUGACACUAAGGGGCCUAAAGUGUGCCAAGAAAACAUCCUGCACACCAUUACACUACCACCACCAGCCUGCACAGGUAACAAGGCAUGAUGGAUCCUUGUUUUCAUUCUGUUUACGCCAAAUUCGGACUCUACCAUCUGAAUGUCUCAACAGAAAUCGAGACUCAUCAGACCAGGCAAUAUUUUUUCAGUCUUCAACUGUCCAGUUUUGGUGAGCUUGGGCAAAUUCUAGCCCUUUUUCCUAUUUGUAGGGAGAUGAGUGGUACCCGGUGGGGUCUUCUGCUGUAGUAGCCCAUCCGCCUCAAGGUUGUGCGUGUUGUUGCUUCACAAAUGCUUUGCUGCAUACCUCGGUUGUAACGAGUGGUUAUUUCAGUCAAAGUUGCUCUUUUAUCAGAUUGAAUCAGUCGGCCCAUUCUCCUCUGACCUCUAGCAUCAACAAGGCAUUUUCGCCCACAGGACUGCAGCAUACUGGAUGUUAUUUCCUUUUCACACCAUUCUUUGUAAACCCUAGAAAUGGUUGUGCGUAAAAAUCUAAGUAACUGAGCAGAUUGUGAAAUACUCAGACUGGCCCGUCUACAACAAUGCCACGCUCAAGAUUGCUUAUAUCUUUCCCAUUCUGACAUUCAGUUUGGAGUUCAGGAGAUUGUCUUGACCAGGACCACACCCCUAAAUGCAUUGAAGCAACUGCCAUGUGAUUGGUUGAUUAGAUAAUUGCAUUAAUGAGAAAUUGAACAGGUGUUCCUAAUAAUCCUUGAAUGUAUAUAUGUAAUUUUGAUAUAUUAGCACCUUUAGCAUCUGAGCUCCUCAUAUGAUAGCUCUGUUGUUUUGUCAUGGCUGCACUACAAUCCGUAAAACAAAUUACAGCACUUUUUAAUGACAUAUGUAGCAUUUUAAAGCACUUUAUUUUUUGCAUUCAAUUAGUGUGCAUAUUAGUUUUUCAUGUACUCUCCUGUGCUGUGCAUAUUAAUGCUGCACCUUAUUUGUAGCCGUAAGCAAUGUGUUAUCAACUAAACGAUUCAGUGAUUUUCUUUGAAGCACCAAAUGUAUUGUCCUAAACAAGUGUUGUUGUGCCAUUCAAUGGACACUUUGAUCAGUGAGCACAAUCUACUGUGAAAUUGCACUCUUCAAUUUACUGUAUGUGGGUACAUUUGGAUUAUGCUUUGGAUAAAAUGAACAUGGGUUACUGAAAUGCUUAUAUGUAACUCAAAUAUGAAGCUCCAUGCCAAACUACUUAUUGAACAUGGAUGUCCACGUUAGGUUUAUGCACAAAUGGCAUUGUUUAUGUGGUAUAAUUCGGUAUAUUAUGUACAUGUUAGCGUCAUGUUUAAUACAGGUUGUAUUGGGCUUCUCUGUGACUAGUGAUGCAAGAUAAAAUUAUAUUAAUGAAAACCAAUUUUUGAUUUACUGUAUGCUAAAUAAAUCAUAAUUUUAAUACUAGAAUCGACAAUCCUGCCAAAUAUAAGUGCUUGAAAGUGCUGCUGUGAGCUUACAUUUUACUGUUCUCAGUCUUCUCUUUGGGCAGUGGGACAGCUUUCUGUUCGACUAAAAUAAAGUAUUGUCAAUGCCAACAA